AUGAAUUUACAGCAUGCUAUAUGGAGACCAGAAAACCAUAAUAAGUUUAGAGAGAAACGACUUUACAAACGAUUCUUGAAUAAUGCAACCCAAGGGCUUUCUUUCUCUGAAGAAGUGGUGUGUGAAAUGGGUCCCAUUUCAUACAGAAAACAUGAUUUUAGUGGGCUUUUUCAUCUUACAGGCCCUUUAGCAUCAGCCACCAAAUUAAAAAAUGUAAAGAAGCAUAAAAACAAAGACAUGCAUUGCAACGUUAAUUCUCUCACCAGAGAAACACACAGUGUUUCAGUGCAGGCUUUUAAAAUUUAUAGCAAUCGGAGCAAAAGGUUUGAUGCCUUAGCAUGGACAGGGCAGAUCAAUGUGCACACCUGCCUGAGGCAAACUUCUACAGAGGAUUGGGUAGCUCAGAGCAGGAACAGCAGGUGUCAGGAGCUUGCACAGAAGAAGCUUGGCAAGACUACAGAACAAGGUUUCAUCAACCAGCACAUCCCCAAAGAUAAAUGUCAAAAUAAGUCUGGUCCACUGUUGCCACUGAGGAAACAACACAGGGUUUUAGGUCAUGUGUCAUUUCCAGUGAGUGUGCAGAAUUGCUUAAAUAAAACAGCAACCACAGUGAGUGUCAAGCGCUUUGAGAUCCCCCAGGCCCCACGUCCGCAGGUCAUCCAGAAUCCAUGUGACGGCAGUCAUGUUUUUCACACAAAGAACAUCUCUAAGCAGGAAAUCUUCACAGGAAAAGGUAGCUCUGUGAGAGAAGCACAGGUGAAUUUGCCAGAAUAUGCCCCUGAGCUGGAUGACCUCAGACCUCCUGAGUUCAGCAGACUGGAGGUCACCAUACAGCUGCUGCACUGCAAGCCUGUGGCAGAACUCUCCUCUCUUCACUAUGCAGUGGACAAGUGGAGAAGGUUUUGGAACAUCAAGUUGCCCUUGCACAGUGUGACCACUGAGGGUCUAAAAAAAGGUCUUAUUGAUCCUAAUUAUUCUGUGCGGCUGGAGGCCAUCAUAACUUGUGCUUCAGGAGCAGUUCAUGGACUACAGCAGUAUCCUGAGCAUGGUGAAGCAGCUCAAUGUGAGAGAUGGAAAGCGCGGGCAGUAGCUCAAGAACUGCAAGAUCUCAUUGUCUCGGCUCUUGAUGACCCUGUGAGGAGAGUUCAGAUGGCUGCUGCAGUGUGCCAGUAUGUCAUAAGGACUCCUAACUCACAAGCCAAAGGCAUACUCCAAAGCACAUUAAAACAAGACCUUUCAGGCACAGGUGCUGAUAGCUGGAUGGCUGCACAGUGCCUGGCCAUACACGGCGAUACAGGUCAAGCUGUCAUACAGAGACUUUUGUCCCAGCACUUCAUCUGUGAUUCUCCUUCAGAUCAAAAGCAGUCGAUGGUUUUGCUCUCCAGAAUUAGCAGAAAAUCUACUCUAGUGCGCUCUCUUCUGGCUGAAGAAUUAAACAACGGUAAUUGGAGAACUCGUUUUCAGGCCUGUAAUAGCAUUGCACAGCUCAGAGGUCCAAUCAAUAAGGAUCUUUGCAGCAAACUGAUCCACAUGAUGUGGAAUGACUGGAGUUGUGAUGUUCGUAAGGCUGCAGCUCACACUCUGAGUAAACUGGACAUGGACACAGAUCUGCAUAAUGAGCUGAGUGUGAAGCUCAAGGAGGGUCCAAAUGUUCUGCGAUUAGAAGCGCUAAUAUUCAUUGAUCAGCUUAACAUAAUGACACCCAAGCUACUGCCCAAUUUUCUGCAGUGCUUUAAUGAUGUCUAUGUGGCUGUGCGCACACAAGCGUGCUUGACUGCAGCAACUCUGAUGAUUGAAGACCAGGCGGUUCUGGAUCAGCUAAUUAACUUGAUGCAGAAUGACCCAUUAUGGGAAGUGAAAGUGGAGGCGAUUAAUGCUUUAGGAAAAAUAGGUUGCAUGACCCCAGCUCUCCAGAAGUUGUUGAUGUGGGCUCUACAUCUGGAGGAGGAGCCCUGUGUGCGCAUUGCUGCCUGUGAAGCCCUGAGCACGUUAGAACCAAAAGACCCAGUACUACAACAUUUUCUACAAGAGCGCUAUGCAAUGGAACCGAACACUGAGGUUCAACGGCACAUUGAAGGACUUCUAAAAAAACACGGACACAGUCUGGAAAAAGAGGAAAGCAAGAUUCAAGAGAUAAAACAACAGGUGGAGCUGCUGUGCACAAAACAUAGCAUUUCACUCGAAGUGCUUAGAAUGGAAGAGAUGGAAAAGCACCAACAACAAAUUAUUGUGCUGAAUGUACCAUUUAAAUUUAAAGACCAUUAA